CAGCCUGCACAGGGGGCCGGUGCCAGGAACCCUGGGAGGGUCAGGUGGAGCAGUGGCCGCUCAGUGAGAUGGGGGUAAUCCAGUCCCGCUUCACAGGUCCUGGGGUCCCUGGGACAGACAGACUCCUGCAGAGUCCAGUUAGCACUGGACUCUGCUAGAACUUUUCUGCAGUGGGCAGCUCAUGGGCAAGGAACAGCACUCUGGCAUUCUGCACAAACCUGGGGGGCCCUACUGCCCUGCCCCUAGCAAGGACCUUUGCCUUUGAGUGGGGUGACUGGCCUCCAAGCCGAUCUAGCACACAGUAGGCCGAAGGCACAGGGGCCCCACCCAGUCUUCUUCCUGGCCCAGGCCCUGGGGGAUUCAGGGCCCUGGGUACUCCGGAAGGGACAGCACAGCCUGGGCAGGUCCCCAGUGGCAAGACCAGGUCUGACCUUUUCUGGGAUCUGUGGCCUAGCAGAUGAGGCCUGAGGUCAGCCAGGAAGGAAAUGGGCAGGGCUGAGCCAGGGCUGAAGCCAGGACCUGGGGAGGGGCUCCCUAGUGCCCAGGGAGGGGGCAGGUGGGGCAGGUGGCUGUUGAGUUUUACAGACCUUCCUUGGUGACAAGUGGGGGAAAGAGCCAAGGCACACCCCAGUGGCUGUGGGAGUCACCAGCUCCUCCCCUGUAAUGGGCACCUUGAGGGCCGACAGGCGCAGGGGCCAGGCACCAAUGGUCUCUCUCCAACCUGGGCUUUUGUUUGCACCCCUCGCUCUCAGGCACCCACCCACAGCCCUUCUGGGAUCUGGGCCAGACCAGGUGGGCCUUAGCCCCACCUCAAGUGAGACUUCAGGAAGAAGUUCCAGAGGAAACCGGAGGAUGACAGUGGGAUGGACUGUGGGGAGGUCAUUUGUAAACAAGGCAGCUAUGCCUGUGCCCUGGGCCUUCCAAAGUCCUACCUGUAGGCUGCAUCUUCCGGAAGGCCCACCCUGUAGCCUGGAAGGCACCUGGGCUACAGUGAUCUCUCUGCUGUGCAGGUGUCCCUCCCCCAGGGCACCUUGCAGGGCCUCAGGGUGAUAUGGGGGCUUUCUGGGCUCCUGCCCAUCUUAAAACUGAUGAAGGUGGGAGGGUGGGGUAGGAGGCCACAGGGAUACCCCUGCUGCUUGACCUUGAUGAGACCUUGGCCCCUUGCUUUCCCCAUCUGCUGUUGGGCAAGACCCCAGCACCACAGGCCUAGUGGGCAUUUUCGAAGGGCUGGAGUCGGGGGUAGGGGGAGCUUAUGGCUGCUGGGCACAGGCGUGGCAGGGCUGUGUGCCCGGCUUCUCUUUCCCCUAACCCCAUCAGGGCCGGGCUGGCCGCCCACUUCUGUUCACCACAGAGCUGGGUUUCCCUGGGGACCAGUGGACUGGCCCAGCCCCACACCACCCCCCAGCCCCUCCUGGCCACAGCUUGAGCUGGGAGGAGGGUGGAGGCUGGGCCGCCUCCUGGACCCCUGCCCUCCCUGCCCGGCCUUCCAAGGCCCGGCAGCCUCAGUCCACUGCUGGGCCUGGAACACGGAGCAGUGGCUGCCCUGAGAGGAGUCUCCCUGCAGGUCCUAGAGCAGCACCAGCAGGAUGGCAUCUCCAGCAUCUCUAAGGCCUUCAGGGGGUCCAGCCCCAUGGGGGGCGCCCUAGGCCUCCGACGGCUCCCCAUCUGUGCUCCUGCCUGCCGGCCAUCUUCAGGCCACUCACCAUGGGUGGCUGUUUCUCCAAGCCCAAACCAGUGGAGCUCAAGAUCGAGGUGGUGCUGCCUGAGAAGGAACGAGGCAAGGAGGAGCUGUCGGCCAGUGGGAAGGGCAGCCCCCGGGCCUACCAGGGCAACGGCACGGCCCGCCACUUCCACACGGAGGAGCGCCUGCCCACCCCUCACCCCUACCCCAGCCCUCAGGAUUGUGUGGAGGCUGCUGUCUGCCACGUCAAGGAUCUCGAGAAUGGCCAGAUGCGGGAAGUGGAGCUGGGCUGGGGGAAGGUGUUGCUGGUGAAGGACAAUGGGGAGUUCCACGCCCUGGGCCAUAAGUGUCCGCACUACGGCGCACCCCUGGUGAAAGGCGUUCUGUCCCGUGGUCGGGUGCGCUGCCCCUGGCAUGGUGCCUGCUUCAACAUCAGCACUGGGGACCUGGAGGACUUCCCCGGCUUGGAUAGUCUGCACAAGUUCCAGCCCUUGCAGGUGAAGAUUGAGAAGGAGAAGGUGUACGUCCGGGCCAGCAAGCAGGCCCUACAGCUGCAGCGAAGGACCAAGGUGAUGGCCAAGUGUAUCUCCCCAAGUGCUGGGUACAGCAGUAGCACCAAUGUGCUCAUUGUGGGCGCAGGUGCAGCUGGCCUGGUGUGUGCAGAGACACUGCGGCAGGAGGGCUUUUCCGACCGGAUCGUUCUGUGCACGCUAGACCGGCACCUUCCCUAUGACCGUCCCAAGCUCAGCAAGUCCCUGGACACACAGCCUGAGCAGCUGGCCCUGAGGCCCAAGGAGUUUUUCCGAGCCUAUGGCAUCGAGGUGCUCACCGAGGCUCAGGUGGUCACAGUGGAUGUGAGAAACAAGAAGGUCGUGUUCAAGGAUGGCUUCAAGCUGGAGUACAGCAAGCUGCUGCUGGCGCCAGGGAGCAGCCCCAGGACUCUGAGCUGCAAAGGCAAAGAAAUGGAGAACGUGUUCACCAUCCGGACGCCAGAGGAUGCCAAUCGCGUGGUGAGGUUGGCCCGAGGCCGCAAUGUGGUCAUCGUGGGAGCCGGCUUCCUGGGGAUGGAGGUGGCCGCUUACCUGACGGAGAAGGCCCACUCCGUGUCUGUGGUGGAGCUGGAGGAGACGCCCUUCAGGAGGUUCUUGGGGGAGCGCGUGGGUCGUGCCCUCAUGAAGAUGUUUGAGAACAACCGGGUGAAGUUCUACAUGCAGACUGAGGUGUCAGAGCUGCGGGGCCAGGAGGGAAAGCUGAAGGAGGUUGUGCUGAAGAGCAGCAAGGUCGUGCGGGCUGACGUCUGCGUGGUGGGCAUUGGUGCAGUGGCCGCCACAGGCUUCCUGAGGCAGAGCGGCAUCGGUCUGGAUUCCCGAGGCUUCAUCCCUGUCAACAAGAUGAUGCAGACCAAUGUCCCAGGCGUGUUCGCAGCUGGUGACGCCGUCACCUUCCCCCUUGCCUGGAGGAACAACCGGAAAGUGAACAUUCCACAUUGGCAGAUGGCUCAUGCUCAGGGGCGCGUGGCAGCCCAGAACAUGUUGGCGCAGGAAGCGGAGAUGAACACCGUGCCCUACCUCUGGACCGCCAUGUUUGGCAAGAGCCUGCGCUACGCGGGCUACGGAGAAGGCUUCGACGACGUCAUCAUCCAGGGGGAUCUGGAGGAGCUGAAGUUUGUGGCUUUUUACACUAAAGGCGACGAGGUGAUCGCCGUGGCCAGCAUGAACUACGAUCCCAUUGUGUCCAAGGUCGCUGAGGUUCUGGCCUCAGGCCGUGCCAUCCGGAAGCGGGAGGUGGAGCUGUUUGUGCUGCACAGCAAGACUGGCGACAUGUCUUGGCUUACAGGGAAAGGAUCCUGAGCUCACAUGCAGUAGACUUGGGCAGGCAAAGGGGGGCACCAGGGGCAGAGGCCAAGCCUUGGGGGCAGGUGCCAAUCUCCAGUCCCAGGAUCCCCCAGGGCAGAACCUGAGCCUUCCCAGUGCUUGCCUUCAGCCACCUGGCUCCCCUCCUGGGAGGCCUCUGCUGGAUCCAGAAGAUGCUCAACCCUCAAGGCCUCUACUGCCACUUGACAGCUGGCACUGGAGGCAGGACAGGCCCUGCCUCUUCUCCCUCUAUUGGGACUGGUCCCCUGAAGAACCCUGCAACAUGUAGACAUUGCCGUAAAAUUAAAACGCACAAACUUGCAGA